AUGGAGGUUUGCAUGGUUGAUGAUAUUUCCGGAGGAAAAGAGAAAAUGCCGAUACGGGCGGUGAACAACGUGGAUGACGUUAGGCUCCUCCCGAAGUUCGUGUACAUCACCCGCAUGGUGUAUCCCGAUUGGUUCAAGAAAGUUGAGCCCGUAGGUUGUGAUUGCGUGAAUGGAUGCUCGGAUUCCCACCAAUGCCCUUGCCUUGUGAAAAAUGGGGGCGAAAUCCCGUACAACGAAAACGGGUCUAUUUUACAGAGAAAGCGUAGGGUUCACGAGUGUGGGCCCUUGUGCAAGUGCCCUCCCACUUGCAUGAACCGAGUGAGCCAACACGGCCAGCGUUAUCGGUUGGAGAUUUUCAAGACCGAGCUACGAGGUUGGGGUGUGCGGUCGCGUGAUCUUAUCCCGUCGGGUGGUUUUGUAUGUGAGUAUUUGGGGGAGUUUUUACGGGAAAAAGAGGCCGACUUGAGAGUGGGCGGAGACGAAUAUCUAUUUGACAUAUAUAAUAGCCGUGGGGGACGUGUGGAUGGGUUUGCUAUAGAUGCGGGUGUGUAUGGAAAUGUUGGGAGGUUUAUUAACCAUAGUUGCUCACCUAAUAUGUAUGCGCAAGACGUUCUUUAUGACCACGCGGACAAUAAAAUGCCGCGCAUCAUGUUUUUUGCGACCGAGAACAUUUCCCCUCUUCAAGAGCUCACGUACGAUUAUAACUACAAGUUGGGGAUGGUUUGUGAUGCGAAUGGGAAUAUUAAGACCAAGGUUUGCCAUUGUGGUUCUAGCGACUGCCGUCGGAGGAUGUACUAG